AUGCGUGCAAGUUUCAUUGAUAUUCAUCCCAAUGCAACAUGGUCAAAGAAUGGUAUCACUGUUGCUGGAGGAAAUGGACUAGGCAGUGGAACCAAUCGACUCUGGUUCCCAUUGGGUUUGUACGUCGACGACGAUCUAACGAUUUAUGUCGCUGAUCAGGAUAAUCAUCGUAUUGUGGAAUGGAGAUCUGGUGCAACGAAUGGAAGAGUGGUUGCUGGUGGAAAUGGAGAAGGGAAUGGAGCUCAUCAAUUAAAAUGGGCACGAGAUGUGAUUAUCGACAAAGAGAACGAUAGUCUCAUCAUCAGUGAUGGCGGAAAUAACAGAGUAGUUCGAUGGCCUCGUCGAAAUGGUAUUCGUGGAGAAACAAUUAUUUCAAAUAUCUCUUGCAUCGGUUUGACAAUGGACGACAAUGGUUCUCUCUAUGUCGUUGACGAGCAAAAACAUGAAGUGAGACAAUAUAAAAUUGGUGAUACUCAAGGAACAGUGGUUGCAGGUGGCAAUGGAAAAGGAAAUCGUUUCUAUCAACUCUACGAACCCCGCUACGUAUUUGUCGAUCGAGAUCAUUCAGUUUAUGUGUCUGAUAAUGAAAAUCAUCGUGUAAGGAAAUGGGAAGAAGGUGCAAAACAAGGCAUUAUUGUAGCCGGUGGUCAACGACAAGGAAAUAGGCUCACACAAUUGUCAAAUCCUAAUGGAGUCAUUGUCGAUCAAUUGGGUACUGUCUAUGUGGCUGAUUUAGGAAAUCAUCGAAUUAUGCGUUGGCCAAAAGGAGCCACACAAGGAAGUGUCAUUAUUGGUGGAAACGGUCAAGGAGCCCAGCCGAAUCAACUCAAUACUCCCGUUGGUUUAUCAUUUGAUCAACAUGGCAAUCUGUAUGUCGCCGAUCACGCAAAUCAUCGAGUGCAAAAAUUUAAUAUUGCAUAA